AUGCCCGAGCUACCGGAAGUCGAGGCGGCGCGCAAGAAGCUCGAGGGUAUCGCAAAGGGGAAGAGGAUCAAGCGAGUGCAGGCGAAGGAGGACCCGAUCGUCUUUUCGGGGACAACACACGACGACUUCACGAAAGCGCUCGAAGGCAAGACCGUCGAGUUCGUCAAGCGCCUCGGCAAGAACUUCUACCUCGUCCUGUCCUCCCCUCCACACCCAAUCCUACACUUCGGCAUGUCCGGCCAAGCCCAAAUCCGUGGCGAGGUCCCUAUCGCAUAUCGCUCGUCCUCGUCGUCUGCGGUCGAAGCGAGUCGGGAAUGGCCGCCCAAGUAUGCGAAGACAUGGAUCGAGUUCGAGGGCGAGGCAGGGGAGGUGGCGGAGUGGGCGUUUUGCGAUGCGAGGAGGCUGGGGAGGAUCAAGCUCGUUGAUGCCGAAGCGAACGAGGUCGAGAAGGUACCGCCUUUGAGCGAGCUGGGCGCCGACCCGCUCCUCGCCAUGCCCUCACUCGACACCCUCCGUACCGCACUCGCCAAACGCAAAGCCCCGAUCAAAGCAGUCUUGCUCGACCAGAACGGCCCGUUCUGCGGAUUGGGCAACUACCUCGUCGACGAGAUCCUCUACCAGUCCGCCAUCCACCCCUCCCUCCCCUCGACCUAUCUCUCCCUCCCCACCUCUUCCACCCUCCUCACCACCCUGCACACCCAAAUCCAAUCCGUCGUGAACACCGCAGUCGCAGUCGAUGCUGACGCCGAAAAAUUCCCGAAGGACUGGUUGUUCAAGUACCGGUGGGGGAAGGGGAAGAGGAAGAAGGAGGGUGACGAAUUCGUGUUGCCCGACGGAUCGACCUCGACUAUCUCGUUUGUCACGGUCGGAGGAAGGACGAGCGCGGUGGUUGAUAAGGUGCAGGUGUUGCCUGAGGAGUUUUUGGCGGGAGCGGCUGGGGCGAAGAAGGCGAGCGGGAAGGGGAGGAGGAAGAGGAAGAAGGAAGAGGAGAGCGAGGAUGAGGCGGAUGACGGAGAGGCAGACGUGGACGAGGGAGAGGUGGUCUCGCCGCACUUUGGCAAAUCGGAAGCGGUGAAGGCGGAGGCUGACGAUGAUAGUCAGGCGGGUGAACGACGCAGCGGGAGGAAACGCAGCGUGAAGAAGUGA